UCAUGUGCCUAACAAGAUUAGGUCACUUGUGGCUGGGAUGCUCUGGCCAUGAAAUUGCACGCUGAUAGAGAGUACGGACACCAUCACUUUUUGCAUCAGCCAGUCAUUUGAUUUCACAAAACCGGAAAGUGGACACUCUAUCUUUUUAGGCUCAUCCCAAUCCGAUUCUCAAGAUACUCGUGCCAAUUCGUCAGAAAAAGAUGCAUUCAGCGCAAUUCCAUGAAGGUCUUCAUCAAUGCAAUCUCACCAGCCACAGAAUGAUAAAAGUCAAAGAAAUCACGAGAUGAGAAUUACAGUGCGCAGAUGCUCUGGAAUUCAAGGUUGGUCUACUUGGUGGAUUCGUGGGGUGAAAAGCCACAUGCGUCUCGAUUCUUCUGUGCACGAUAGUGAACUUGGCAGAAGUCCAUCACGUGAUUGACAUAUGAAUGAUAAUACAUCGCUUCUCCCUGUCUCUCUCCCAGUCGCUUUCACUCUCCCUUAAUUAUUUAAACAGGGCCUCCGGGACCCUGCUGGUCAAUCCUAAGCUUCCUUGGGAGCAACAAGCGAGAUGGCAUCAUCUCCAUCCUCAAUUAAUGCCUUCGCUCUCUCUCUUUUGUCCAUCCACCUCCUAGUCUUCCUAAGCAGCCCUUCAAUCACCACCGGCAUUAAAUCGCCCCCAGAAACGGAACAACGACCCCAGACAUUCUCACCAGGGGAUGAAUCUCGGUACACGGCAGAAUCAGACAGGGUCAUAAAUCUCCCAGGGCAGCCCUCAACCCCCUCAAUCUCCCAGUUCUCAGGCUACAUCACAGUCAAUGAAGCCCAUGGGAGGGCCCUCUUCUACUGGUUCUUCGAGGCCCAGAAUCAAUCUUCACAGAGACCUCUUGUUCUUUGGUUCAAUGGAGGUCCUGGUUGCUCAUCAAUUGGGUAUGGUGCUGCUGUGGAAUUGGGGCCCCUGAGAGUGGACACCAAUGGGACUGGCCUUAUAUACAACGAAUUUGCUUGGAAUCAAGAAGCAAAUCUGCUGUUUGUGGAGUCACCAGUUGGAGUUGGGUUCUCUUACACCAACACAUCCUCUGAUCUGUCCAUUCUAGAUGAUGCCUUUGUCGCUGAGGAUGCAUACAGCUUCAUGGUGAAUUGGCUUCAAAAGUUCCCACAGUUCAAGACCUAUGAUUUCUUCCUUGCUGGAGAAAGCUAUGCAGGUCACUAUGUUCCUCAGCUAGCUGAGCUAAUCUAUGACAGAAAUAAAGACACAGCUAAAUACACACCAAUCAACCUCAAAGGCUUCAUUGUGGGGAAUCCAGUAACGAAUGGCUACUAUGACUACAAGGGCCUGCUCGAGUAUGCAUGGAGCCAUGCUGUGAUCUCGGACCAGCUCUACGAUAAAUGCAAGCAAGUUUGUGAUUUCAAAGUCUCCAACUGGUCUAUCGAGUGCAACAAGGCCAUGAACGUCGUGUUCGCCUCCUACCAGCAAGAGAUUGACAUCUACAACAUCUACACCCCGAUAUGCCUCCUCAACUCCUCCUCCACAUCUUCUUCUCCAUCUCAUACCAGCGAAAACCGCUUCGAGUCGCUCACCAAGGUGAAUGGAUAUGGUUUGAGGAGGAUGAGAAUCCCAGCAGGGUAUGAUCCAUGUUACUCUCAGUAUGCAGAAAUGUACUUCAACAGACAAGAUGUUCAGUCUUCUCUCCAUGUGAGAGCAGUCAAUUCCAACUUUAAAUGGAAUGUCUGCAACAAUUCCAUGUUGAAUACGUAUAACUACACGGUGUUCUCAGUGCUGCCUAUCUACACCAAACUCAUCAAGGGAGGGCUUAAAAUAUGGGUGUACAGCGGCGACGCAGACGGUAGAGUGCCGGUGAUUGGGACGAGGUACUGCGUCGAAGCUCUCGGGCUGUCUAUUAAAUCUCCUUGGCGUUCGUGGUACCAUGACCAUCAGGUUGGAGGGAGGAUGGUGGAAUAUGAAGAAGGAUUGACACUGUUGACGGUGAGGGGUGCAGGUCACCUGGUGCCUCUCAACAAGCCCAGUGAAGCUCUUGCUCUCUUCCAUUCUUUCUUGACCGGUCAAGACCUCCCCAAGCAGAGAUAAUUUUUAUUUUUAUUUUAAUUUUUUGUUGCUAUUUUUUAUUUUCCUUGUGGGAGCAGAGAUAAAAAAAAAUGUUUAAUUUUCACGUAUUUAAAAUGGAAGUGAUGGGAAUUUUACUUCUGCAUUGAGAUGGGAUUAGACUGUUUAUCUUAUUUUUCUUUUCUUUUUAUUGUGUGUGAAGUUAGACAAAUAAUAAAUAGAUUAUGAUGCAAUGUUUGAUUUAAA